GCUCGUCAUUGAAGGGGGACCCGCAGCCUCUUCUACGUGAACAAAAAUGCUGCAGUUUGUGUGCCUGCCUAGAGACUCCACGAUCUCCUCCCCUACGUUCAAUAAAAUGUUCGUCAUUCUCUCUCCUCUAACCUAUCAAUUUGUCAUGCAGAAAGUUCUGUAACUUUUGUUGCGUCGCAGAAAAAUUCGACAUGGAUGGUAGAAUGAGAGCGGGGUACGAGAGGCAGAAGAGCAUUGGGACCGCCGGCGGAGCCCCGACCUCACCGAUGAUGGUGUCACCGCUGCACCGUCAUGCGCGGUCGGGCUCCACCGGGGUCAAGAAGCCCCAAAACGUAGCCGCCAAAGCCGCCGCACAGAGACUUGCUCAGGUGAUGUCUACCCAAUCCUCUGCCGAUGACGAUGAGGACGAGGAGGAUGACCUCUUGUAUGACUAUGCCCCGGCCACCGCCACGCCCAGCCUCGGUCUUGCUGGUGGAGGAAGGGCUGCGAGUGCUGCCAGGCCUCGUCCUGCGUCAGUUCGCACCUCCCUUGACCAGACUCCAUCUGCGGCUUCAGCAUCUGGUGGGCGAUUUACUACCCCUGUUGACCAACAACCUCCAUCGGCCCAUUCUACCUCAGCCGCACGACCAUCUCAGCCCAAUUUUUCAGAACAACCAUUAUCUGCUCGCUCUGCGUUACCUAGCCGAUCAUCUCAAGCCACAAACUCGGUGGAACAAGUGCAACCUCCAUCUGCUCGUUCCACAUCAGCUGCCCGACCAUCUCAACCCAACAACACCAUGGAGCAGCCUCUCUCUGCUCGCUAUACCUUUGCUGGCCGUCCAAAUUUAGCAGUUAAGACAGUUCCCAUGGUACCUCCUAGUGUACCUAUUAAGUUGAGGCCACAAGCUUCUAGUAUUUCAGCAGAGAUUCCCUUUGAUAUUCGGAGGGAUAAAAGGUUAUCUCUAGAUAUGGGUAGUAUGAACCUUAGGGAAUCUGGCACUCAGCGUUCUACUUCUGCUCUACAAGAUGAGCUUGAUAUGCUACAAGAAGAAAAUGAAAGUUUACUUGAUAAGAUUCGACUUGCAGAAGAAAGGUGUGAAGAAGCAGAGGCAAAAGCUAGGCAGCUUGAAAACCAGGUUGCUAAUCUUGGAGAUGGUGUAUCUUUAGAAGCCCGUCUUUUGAGCAGAAAGGAGGCAGCCUUGCAGCAAAGAGAGGCUGCUUUGAAAGUUGCAGCACAAAGUUAUGGUGGUAGGAGUGAAGAGAUUCAGGCCCUUCGGAUGGAAGCUGAGUCUGCUAGGGAUGAAGCUACAUAUGCUUUGGAGCAGCUCCACGACGCUGAGAGUGAAAAUAAAUCACUUCAAAUCGUGACUCAGAGACUGAUGCUGACUCAGGAAGAAAUGGAAGAAGUUGUUCUUAAGAAGUGUUGGCUAGCUCGAUACUGGGGUUUGUGCGUUCGCCAUGGUAUUCAUGCAGAGAUAGCUACAGCUCGAUAUGAAUAUUGGUCAUCCUUUGCUCCUCUUCCUGUUGAAGUUGUUUUGGCUGCUGGACAGAAAGCAAAGGAUGAAAAUUCAUUCGUGAACAAUGACGUAGCAGAAAGGGAAAAUUUUCUUCAAGAUCUGAAUCAACUCUCUGGAGAUGGAAAUGUUGAAAGCAUGCUUUUAGUGGAGAAAGGUCUUAGGGAACUGUCUUCACUAAAGGUAGGGGAAGCCGUAGCAAUUGCAAUGGCUCAACAACAUCGGUCAAGUUCAACAAAAUCUGGUUUAACAGAUGACCUGAAGCUACCAUUUGAGGGACAGAAUUUUGCAGAGGCCUUUGGUGCUACUCUUUGAAUUCUUCAAGUAGACAAGCAAAUCUACUGUCAAUCUAAGUUCUCUCGGCAAAGGAAUCCAUUUUCUACAUAUACAGAAUGGAUUUCUUUGUCAAAUGAACCUGGAGGGCAUUAAGGUCAAGUGCAAACACAUGGAGGAAGUAAGGCUUCUUUUAGGACUAUAUUUUUUCUUGAUUCAUUUUCUUCCUUCACAUGCGCUAGAAAUAGUGGAUGUCAAAGGUUGAACGAGCCCGCUACUUAAGAGCACAAAUACUUUGCAAUUCGGCAGAUAAGUUCCAUCCGUUCAAAUUGCUUGCAACUUCUUGUGCUCAGAAAAAAAUCGAUUAGAUGAGCUUUAUUGCUGUUUAUUUCCAUAAUUACACUGCAAUGGAGACAACUGCUACUUUGACCUUACAUUUUGAGUCACCCACUGCGACAUUGUUUUCUGCAUUUCUUUUUUCAUUUUUUCUUUCCAUUCAGUUUCUUAUAUGGGGGAGGGGGUAUGUGUCUUGCAAAGAUGAUGCGUAUUCAUCCCUCUAUGACAGCGAAGACUGACUUUCCAUCCAUAUGUCCGCCUUCUUGUUAGCCAACUAUGACUUGCCUCCACUUUAUUUUCAUCGAGAUUACCGACUUCUAAUGCUGCUUUUUGUUAUUUUUGUUCCUUUGAACAUCUUGCAUUUGUGUACCUUUCAAAUAACCUGCUGCUAUGGGAUGCAUGCAACAAUAAUCCCUUAGUUUAGCUCCGCAUAAACAAUGUCCAGGCAGUCUGGUUAUCGCUUCAUCCCUAAGUUCAAAGCUAAGUAAAUGGGUUUACCUUCUCACUUGCAAAUGUGCUAUUACAUCUCAACUGUAUCGGUCUUUUAUGAAAAUGAUAUAAUUUGAAAAGCUUUUCCCAUACUAGUUUAUGCUUAG